AUGGCUUACAAUUAUCGGAACGACAAAGCAGGUUUUCAUCCACUUCAUAAUAACAGAUUUCAUGAGGAUGCGCCCUAUCAAAAUUCAAGAUCACAAUCAGGUUAUCCAAGUUCCCAAGCAAGUCUGCCACAUUCAUCGGGUUAUGAUAGAAAAGAUAAUUCAAAUCCAAAGUAUUUUCCUCCAGAACAUGCUUCGUAUGAACCACUUGAUUCUUAUUCAGAAAAUAAAGAAAUGUCACCAACUGCUGGAUAUUCUGCUGUCGCACCGGAAACAACUGGGCCGAAGCCUCCAAAAAAUUAUGAUACUCAAAAAUUAUCUGAGUUUGAAGACGAACCUAAACAGGAGGCAAAACAUGCAGCAGUUUUGCUAUUGGGACGUGUACCAUCAGUUGACUUCUUAGGAGUUUCGGAUUCCCCCACCGGUGCUCAACCAUAUGUUAAGAAGGCUUCUGGAUUUGAUUUUAAUUUUGGUCUUCGUAUCCAAGUUAACAAUCCUAAUAUCAUUGGUGCAAGAUUCUCGAUGAUAAAGGCUGUGACAGUGCAUCCAAUAAUAUUUCCAAUUUUUAUUGAAACUUUACUUGAAACCCAGGCAUAUUAUCCAGGUCACCAAAAUCCUAUCGGGGGUGGGAAUUUAACUAACGUUAACAUUCCAAGUAAAUCCAACACUACAAUUACAUUCCCAUUUUCUAUCAAUUAUGAUGCAUCAAUUGAUCCAGGAUUCUCGAUAUUACUUGAUAUCGCAACAAAAUGUGGGUUAACUGGUGGUAGUAAGUCCAAAUUGGCAAUUGAUUACACAUUGACCUUGUCAUUUAAUGUUCUUUUUAUACCUGUGAGCCCAAGUUUCCAAAAGACAGCUAAUAUAGACUGCCCUAUUCAG